AUGAAAGUGCAGGAUCUGCCAGUGUUGGUGAUUACAACUGUCUCCCUGCGACUGAGCGCCGCUGAUCGCUGCCCCAGUGUGUGCGAAUGCUCAGGGUGGAAUAUUUUCCAGAUAACCUGUAAAUUCAUCGAUCACAUCCCGCCCUUUCCCCUGAACACCGAGAAGAUCCGAUUCAUGGAGACUCGACUCAAGACCAUUCCUGCUGAAGCUUUUACAGACCUCCCAAACAUUUCGAGGAUAUACAUUUCAAUUGAUGCAGUACUUCAGAAAGUGGAUGCACAUGCAUUCUUCAAUUUGGAUAAAGUUACACACAUAGAAAUACGGAACACAAAGAGCUUGAGUCACAUUGAACCAGAUGCUUUCAAGAAUCUCCCAGUUCUGAAAUACCUGGGCAUUUUUAACACCGGGCUGAACACAUUUCCAGACCUGACGAAAAUUUGUUCCACUGACGUGAACUUCCUGCUGGAAAUUGCUGACAAUCCCUUCAUUUCUACCAUCCCUGCAAAUGCCUUCAGUGGAUUAUCCAAUGAGUCACUAACUCUAAAGCUGUACAACAACGGGUUCACAAAAGUACAAGCCUACGCAUUCAAUGGAACGAAACUAGAUGCAGUUUACCUGCACAAGAACAAGCUCUUGUCAUCCUUCAACGACGAUGUCUUUACAGGAGUCUUGGAUGGACCCACUCUGCUUGAUGUUUCUCAGUCCAGUGUCCACUCCCUCCCAAGCAAGGGGCUGGACCAACUGAAGGAACUAAUGGCAAAGAAUACAUGGACAUUGAAGAGGCUGCCUCCUCUGAAGACUUUCCUUCACCUCACCAGAGCAGACCUCACGUACCCGAGUCACUGCUGCGCUUUUAAGAACUGGAAGAAGAACAAAGGGCUUUUAGAGUCAAUAAUGUGCAACCAUAGCACAAGUCAUGGUUUCCGGCAGAGACGAUCCUUCAGUUUACACAGUGAGCUCUUACACCGCGAUUACGCUGAGGAUAACAACGCAGCUCACUCCUCUAGCCAGGCUUCCCAGCUCCGCGAUUUCCAUAGUAACUCUCACUAUUACGUGUUCUUCGAGGAACAAGGAGAUGGAGAUGUUGGGUUUGGCCAAGAGCUGAAGAACCCUCAAGAGGACCACGUGCAAGCUUUCGACAGUCAUUAUGACUACAUGGUGUGCGGAGGCAAUGAGGAGAUUGUCUGCAAACCUGAGCCAGAUGAAUUUAACCCUUGCGAGGACAUCAUGGGCUACGACUCUUUGAGAAUCAUAGUGUGGUUCGUUAACCUGUUGGCCAUUCUCGGCAACACCUUUGUGCUCUUGGUUCUGCUGACGAGUCACUACAAGCUGACGGUCCCUCGUUUUCUGAUGUGCAAUCUGGCUGUGGCUGAUUUCUGCAUGGGCGUUUACUUGCUGCUGAUCGCCUCCGUCGACCUCUACACCAGGAGUGAGUAUUACAAUCACGCCAUCGACUGGCAGACUGGGCCCGGGUGUAAAACCGCUGGAUUCUUCACGGUCUUUGCCAGUGAGUUCUCAGUCUAUACGCUGACGGUGAUCACACUGGAGCGCUGGUACGCCAUCAACUUCGCCAUGCGUUUGGACAGGAAGAUGCGACUACGGCAUGCCACCAUGAUCAUGGUGGGCGGCUGGGUAAUCUGCAUCACCUUGGCACUUCUGCCCAUUUUAGGAGUCAGCAGCUACAUUAAGGUUAGCAUCUGCCUGCCAAUGGACACAGAGUCCCAGUUGGCUCAGGGCUACCUCGUCUUGGUACUGUUGGUCAACAUCUUGGCAUUUGUCAUCAUCUGCGCCUGCUAUGUCAAGAUUUACAUCACGGUAAAGAACCCGCAUUACAAGUCUGGCAGCAAAGACACAAAAAUGGCCAAACGCAUGGCAAUCCUCAUCUUCACUGACUUCACCUGCAUGGCCCCCAUUUCUUUCUAUGCGCUGUCCGCCAUCUUGAACAAGCCGCUGAUCACCGUGACCAACUCCAAGAUUCUGCUGGUCCUCUUCUACCCACUCAAUUCCUGCGCCAACCCUUUCCUCUACGUCAUCUUCACCAAGGCUUUCCGCCGAGACAUCUUCGUCUUGCUGAGCAAGGUGGGCCUCUGCCAGUACCGGGCCCAGCUCUAUCGGGGGCAGGCCCUCCCUGGCAAGAAUGCCAGCACUCUUGCUAGGAACCGGGGCAGUACAAGGACACCCGCCAACCUUACCAACGCCAGCCCUCACCAACACCCCAAUAACCGCGGACAGUCGAAGUCUGCUACAAGAGAGUGUAUUGAUCUGGGCAUCACUGGCUGGGCCAGCACUUAUUACCCAUUCCGAGGUGCCCUUGACAAGGUGGGCAAGAAACGCAGUGCCAUUAGCAAAUAUGUGCAGGACUGCAUGCCAAAGAAGUCUACUCGAGCGUUCCCGAACCAGAAAUCUUGGAUGAACCGGGAAAUCUAUCACCACCUAAAGACCAGGCGGGCAGCAUUCAAUUCAGAUGACCCCGACUUGUAUAGAAAAUCCAGAUGUCAGAUCGGCCUUCCUGAGAGUCCAACUAAGGAAGGCAGCGGGUCAUCUUCAACCUCUUCUUUCCUACAAGUCAAAGGCCCGAUCUGCUUCAAGACCACCAUCAUCCCGGUACCCAAGAAAGCGAACGCAACAUGCCUUAAUGACUACUGGUCAGUGGCUCUGAACUCCAGAAGAGAGGCUGGUCAAGACCCACAUCAACUGGAGCCUUCUAGCCUGCCUUGA